GUGUACGAACCAAGUCGAGUAGCCCGACGAUGGUGGCGGCGACGGCAGUGUCGUCUCGACCACGAUCACGAUCACGACCACGACCACAGCGACAGCGACGGACGACGACGGCGACGGCGACGGCGACAGCGGCGACGACACGGCAGCACCCAACACCGGCACCACACACCGGCGACGGCACGCAACGCGCGCACACAUACGAACACACGCGCGCAUAGACGCAGCAGACAUCGGAGAGUCGAGAGAGUGAAAAAAUUAUUAUUCAAAAUUUUUUUUUUUUUUUUUUUGCUUCAUCUAAACGAGUCGCGUAAGCGUUUUCAUUUUUACGCACACACGCGCGUACCUAUAUAUACAUAAUAUUAUAAUAAUAUAUAGUAUAAACAUUUAUUAAAUUUUGUGCGUGUGCGUCUUCCUCGGCACUAUAUACGACGACGACGACGACGACGGUGGCGAUAUAUUAUUAUUAUUGUAUAAUAUAUAGAGUCCACCGCGGCGGAAAAAUAAUUACACGCGCACACAUAGGCGUUCGCGCGCGUGCCACACUCGUUUUCCAUUCGGCUCGGUCGGUCACAGUCAGUCAGUCAGUCAGCAGGCAGUCAGUCAGAGUCCGCCGACCACUGCUCGCGUGCACGACGACCGCGGCCACGGGCGCAGAGUAUAUAGUGACGUCGACCUGAAGCUACGGGCGAAUAGCCGCAACUCUAUCGGUUUGUGCGUGUGAAAAGUUCGCGACCGGCGGCGGCGGCGGCGGCGGCGGCGACGGCGACGGUAGCAGCGGUGCAUCGCGCCCGAAAGGUGUAACACGGCGCGAUAUAUAUACACAUAUAUAUAGAUCGCGUGCACCACUGCGGCCUGCAUUCUCGAUUGGUGCUAUGUGUACGGCAAUACGCAUGGACUGCUCGGAUCGGGUCGGACUACGGUUAAGACGGCGUUGGCUGCAGCACGUGGUGUCUUCCGGAUCGAUAGUUACGGCGGUGAUAAAAACGCACCAGCACCAGCAACACCGUCGUCCGAUGCACCAGUCGUUAUCGUGCAGUUGCUGAUAACAACGGAAAAAAUUGCUGUCAAAGAAUCAAAACUCAGUGGUAGCCACCCACUAUCACUCUCAAUCAAUGAUUGAUCGUUAGUAGCAAAACAAGCACACACAAAACAGCAACAUUUUUGCGGCCGCUGCGAUAUUAUGCUAUAUACCUGCAGUCGGGUGCAGUGGCGACGGCGGCCUACUACGGUAGUAGCGGCUGUGUUGUUGGCGCUCGCGGUACUAACACCACGGAUAUCGACAGCACAGAAGCUAUUACAAGCACCAACGAAAGGCGGAUUAACUCCAUCAGCUUCAUCACUUUCCCAAAAUAAUAUCAAUUAUUUCGCUGUAAACGAAGCUAAUUCACCGUUGGCCAUUUUGGAUUUGCUUGAAGCUACUAUGCAAAUAUACCACAAUUAUCAACAUCAUUUUAGCGGUAGUAAUAAAAGUGAUACUACUAGUUUUACAUCGGGAGUCCUACUCGUGGCUGUAUCUGAAGAUGAAUUUUUUAAUCCCUAUGUUUUUCCUCCAAACCGGUUAAGACCAGCAUAUAGUAUGCAAGGUGAGUCGAGACAGUUAAGAGUUCCUGACAUUGUUUAUAAACGUGCAAUUCAAUUAUUAAGAGGUGCGGACGAGUUAACUAUAGCGGCAGUAGUACGGCAAGAACGUACAAACACUGGAUCUAUAGUAUCAUUUUCUCUCGACUCCAACAGAUACUUGGAAUUAGAAUCAAGCGGACGCAAAGAUGAGGUGAGAUUGCACUAUGUUUCUCAGGGUACCCGUCGUGUUCAUACCGAAGUUUUUGCAUACGCUCUGGCUGAUGGCCAUUGGCAUGCUGUAGCCGUAACACUGAGCGGUACCCAAGCACGCCUGUUCAUAGACUGUCGGCUCAUAUACACGCGCACUUUGGCCGCCGGACCGGCUGACACUAGUUUUCUAGGAUCGCCGGAUUUAUACGUAGGCCAACGCAACAGAGGAGUACAUUCAAUUUUCAAGGGGCUUUUACAAGAUGUCCGAUUGAUUAGAGGGGCAGACGGACAACGUGUGCAGUGCCCUAACCUAGAUACAUCAUGUCCAACGUGCGGUCAAUUCAUUGCCAUGCAAAAAAUGAUGGAAAACUUGAACAAAAUUGUGCAUUUGUUGAGUGACAAACUUGAAGCGGCCGAAACGAGAAUCGCUGAAUUAGAAACUUGUGAAUGUCGCAAACCAUGUGUACAGUAUGACGAACGAAGUAAUACCACAGUUAUGAAAGUUGAUGGGUCAGUAUGGCAACAUGAAUGCGAAACGUGUACAUGUUUGCGUGGUCAAAUAGAAUGUUCACCAGUUAGAUGUCCCCAAGUCAAUUGUAAAUUUCCAAUACGAAAAUCUGGUGAAUGUUGUGACUCUUGUCAAAAAACAUGCCGAGCCAGAGGUAAUAUUUUAUUUGAACAUGGUGAAACUGUCAAUUUGGAACCAUGCUUAACCUGCAUUUGUCUCAAUGGAGUGGUUAAGUGUGACAAAGUAGACGCACAAACUCAAUGUCCGGUCUUGGAAUGUGAUGUAUCUGAACAAUUUUCCGUACCCGAUCAAUGUUGCAAAUUUUGCCCAGGCGUCGAUUAUUGUGCACGAGGUGGACGUGACUCGUGUGAUCCAAACGCUAUUUGUAUCAAUCUAAAAACCACACACAAAUGUGCGUGCGCUGUUGGGUACGCUGGUACCGGUUUACAGUGUGAUGACGUGGACGAAUGCUCGAGCGUCGGCGGCCCAAACGGACACCACUGCGACGCUAACACGACAAUUUGCGUGAACACACCUGGAUCGUAUUCAUGCAAGUGCAACGCCGGAUAUGCACAUCUCAAUAGAUUUGAAUGUGUGGAUGUCGACGAGUGCAGCAGUGCGGAACCACCGUGCCAUGUACACGCUGUUUGUACCAACUCGCCAGGCAGUUACAGCUGCAAGUGCGCGGAAGGUUACGAAGGGGAUGGAUACACUUGCAGACCUGUAUGUCAGCAAAAGUGCUUGAACGGCGGCGUAUGCACACGGCCGGACGUGUGCUCGUGUCCAAACGCGUUUGAGGGGCCUGCUUGCGAGUUAGACGUGGAUGAAUGUGCCACUGGGGCACAUGGAUGUUUAGGCCCUUCAUCCCGUUGCGUCAAUAUGGCUGGAUGGUAUUACUGUGCGUGCAGCCCGGGCUAUCAGAAUGUAGUUAUGUAUCCUGCUUCGGCCGACAUCGCCACCACAGCUACUAGUGACUUGAACGCCAUGGAAUCGACCUGGUCGUCUUCGUUGGGCACAAUGUGUCAAGAUAUUGACGAAUGCGCGAUUAAUAACCAUACAUGUCAUUCAACGGCUACAUGUAUAAAUACCAUAGGUUCGUAUGAAUGCAAAUGCCCUACAACCAACACCGACGACGGCAACAACUCUUCGAAAUGUAAAUCGAGCUGUUUGUAUAAAGACGGCGGUAAUGCAGUAACAGAAGUGAAUGACGGCGCCUGGUUCAUACCGAAAGAGUGCACCAAUUGCACGUGCACAAGUGGACGUUUACAUUGCGCACGAAUCGAGUGCGAUUGCACAAAUAACGACCAUGUACAAUCCAUUUGUUGCGCCCAUUGUAACGCACAAGCAUCAUGUGUUCAUCAGGAAUUGACGAACGUAAGGUUCCGGAGUGGCCAACAAUGGAUAUACCAGUGUCAAACAUGCGAGUGUUUAAUGGGUCAAGUAGACUGCUGGCCAAUGCAGUGUCCACCGAUGUUACCUGCAGGCGCAGGCAGCUGUAGAGACUCCACGGCAGCUACGUUUGCCGAAUACAACAACCCAGUAGCCGAUUGUUGCGCACCGAGAUGUGAUUCCAAACCCCUUUUGUCGGCUUCAUCGACAGCGACAACCACGACUGCUAUAACCGCUGCUGAUCCAUGUAUUCACCAGCAGCAGCAGCAGCACCUACAGCAACUAGACUGGCACCGAGGUGGUGAAGCAAACGAUGACGACGACGACGGCGAGUACCACAAUAAUAGCAAAAACAACGACGAUGACAUCAAAAAUAAUAACAAUAGCACUACGCCGCCGACCGUGGGCCAGCCGUGUUUCUACGGUGAACGAGCCUAUCAGUCUGGAGCCCGUUGGGAUGAUCCAGUGGACAUGUGUACAACGUGCGAUUGUAAGGUGCCGCCGUACUGCGCCCAAUCGGUGAGCAAUAUCGCGUGUUGUGUGCAUCGGACGGAGUACUAUGUUGUUCUUACAACGUGCAUCACUGCAAUAAUAGCACUCUUGCCGGUGCAUCAAAUCAAUCAUCAAGUACUGACGCCAACUAUAAUGUGUCUACUUAUCAGCCUCUUCAUAUUUCUAACGAAAAUACCAGUAGUCAAUCUACCGAUACGACAUUACGGCAAGAUGUUGUUAAACGGAGUCUUAGGCGUCGAAGACAAGCAAAAAUGGUUAACAACGAUGGCGAUAAUAAUAGUGAUACUGACAGUAUUACUUCUCUUGAAUAUAGUAGUAAUAACAAUAAUAGCUUUAACAAAAAAGACUGGUGGUGGAGGAAAACAAGACGGCGAAAAAGAAGAAGGACUCAAAAUACGAGUAGCCGUCAGAACCAAAUUAAUAGUAUUAGUAGUGAAAAACAUUUUAACAGUAAUAAUAAGUUUAUCAAUAAUUUUGGCUCUAAUAGUAAAAAUGAAGACAAUAAUGUUAAUAAUAAUAACGAUAACCACCACGAUAGAAUUGUUGUAAAGACUGUUGUUGUUACUUAAAGUAGAUUUUAUUUAUUGUGUUUGAUGAGUGAUGACGAGUCGAGAGAAAAGAUAACUGCAAGCAACACCGGCGGCGACAAUAUAAAAUUUAAUUUAAAUGACACAAUUUAAGUGUUUAUUAAGAAUAGGAAACCAAAUUGACUAAACAUAGGUAACAUAAGAGAGGUAGAUAACAUAACGUGUUACCUAAUUUCUUGAUUUUGAUUUAAAAAUCAGUUUUGUAUUCGUUAAAAAUCGUUGCCACCGCUGUU